AUGGCUACUGUGUGUGCUUCUCCUACAUGCGGUAAGGAUACCGAAUCAGCAUUAAAAUGUCCCGUGUGCCUCAAGAAUGGAGUCAACAGUGUUUUCUGCGACCAGAGUUGUUUCCGUUCUUCAUGGUCUGUUCAUAAGCAUAUCCAUCCAUCUGAAGAUGGAACAGAUUCCUACAACCCAUUUCCAGACUUUUCCUUUUCAGGAGAGUUGAGACCAGCCUAUCCAUUGUCAGACAGAAGACCUGUUGCUAAACAUAUCAAACUACCUGACUAUGCCAAAAACGGUAAGCCUAUCAGCGAAAUAAAGAAUGAUAGAGUUGGAAGAAUAACCCAAUUGUCUGAAAAAGAUAUCAAAAAAAUGAGAAAGGUCUCUAAGGUUUCCAGAGAAAUUUUGGACGUUACUGCUAGCCAUGUCAGACCAGGUAUAACCACCGAUGAAUUGGAUGCCAUUUUGCACAAGGAAUGUAUGAAGAGAAAUGCAUACCCUUCGCCUCUUAAUUAUUACAACUUUCCAAAGUCUGUGUGUACAUCGAUUAAUGAAGUCAUUUGUCAUGGUAUUCCAGACAAGACCGUGUUGAAAGAUGGUGAUAUCAUCAAUUUGGAUGUUACCAUCUAUUACAUGGGUUUGCAUUCCGAUCUCAACGAAACCUACUAUGUGGGAGACAAGGCUAAGUGUGAUCCAGACACUGUCAGAUUGGUCGAAACCACAAGAGAGUGCUUGGAUCUCGCUAUUAAGGCCGUCAAGCCAGGAUUAGCAUUCAGAGAAUUAGGUAACAUCAUUCAGGCUCAUGCCACAAAGAACGACUGUUCUGUUGUCAGAACUUAUUGUGGCCAUGGUAUCGGUGAGCUUUUCCAUUGUCAACCAAAUAUUCCUCAUUAUGCCAAGAACAAGGCCAUUGGUAUCAUCAAGCCAGGAAUGGUCUUCACCAUUGAGCCAAUGUUGUGUCUUGGUACACAUAAGGAUAUGUCAUGGCCUGAUAACUGGACUGCUGUGACCGAAGAUGGUAAGAAGUCUGCACAAUUUGAACACAUGUUGUUGGCUACUGAGACUGGGGUUGAAGUUUUGACUGCAAGAAGCGAAACCUCGCCAGGAGGUCCUGUGGCUCGCAUUGAAUAG